CCUAUGUUUCCUCAUACUGUUGCGUAGCUGAAAAAAUGGCAUCAGGGAAAGACGGAUCUCUACAGAUUGCUACUUGGUGUUUUCAGCCUAACAUAUUUGAUUAAUAACAAGUUGCAAGCUUAUGGUCGAUAUGUAACGCCACAAUCUUGGCUUUGAGAAUAACACUGAUGACAGCGCACCGUCCGUCUACAUGGGACAGACGUUUCUGUACGCCGGUCUCUAGGUUGAUAAGACUUUUGCGUUUCACAUGUAUCGAAUCUUCCCUUGUGUGAUGUCGUAAAAACAAUACUGCCAGCCCCAGACAUCCAUGCAGGAGUAAUCAGACACGUUCCAUGUCCAUUCAGCCUGCUGCUGGUUACCCAUCUCAAAGAAGAGGAUGAGAUUGUCUUCUCGCAGUCAGCGGCAUGAGCAUCCACAGCAUAGGGGGCGCUGUCAUGAAUUCCCUGGGCACUAGUCUGGUGGCUCAUAUGAGCAGUAAAGUGUUAGGCUGGCGUGGCUUGUCAGUGGAGCCACUUCAGCCCGGCCGUAUCAGCUUCCUGCUGCAGACCAUGGUACCGACUGGCUACACGCAGCUGCAGGAGGAGCGGCUAGCAUUGAGCGACUUGGGGGGGAAGCAAGAUUGCCACCAGAAUGGGCUCCGCUCAGACUUGUCCCACCUGGAGGACUGGCGCCACCCAGAUAGAGGAUCUUGGGCUUCCAGCAGCCUGUCUGAGCAUGGGGAUCGCUGCUGCUCGGAGACUGCGCCUAUGCUGGGCAAAAACCAGCUGUCCGGUGAGGAAGGCGGAGAGGCUGAGCAGGAGGGAGAUGGUGAGCAGGGCAUGGCCACCAGGAGAAUGCCGAAGGAGUCCCCACUGGCCAUGGCUCUGCAGAUCCUCUUGCCUUUUCUUCUGGCUGGGUUCGGCACGGUGUCAGCCGGCAUGGUGCUGGAUGUUGUGCAGCACUGGGAAGCUUUCCAGAACGUCACAGAGAUCUUCAUUCUAGUACCUGCUCUCCUGGGUCUAAAGGGAAACCUGGAGAUGACGUUGGCUUCCAGACUCUCUACAGCGGUAAACGUGGGUAAGAUGGACUCCCCCAUCGAGAAGUGGAACUUGAUCAUUGGGAACCUGGCACUUAAGCAGGUUCAGGCCACUGUGGUGGGCUUUUUGGCUGCAGUAGCAGCCGUCAUUUUGGGCUGGAUCCCCGAAGGAAAGUUCCAGAUGAGCCACGUGAUGCUGCUGUGUUCCAGCAGUGUGGCUACGGCCUUUAUCGCCUCUCUGCUGCAAGGCAUAAUCAUGGUGGGUGUGAUCGUGGGUUCCAAGAAGACGGGCAUAAAUCCAGACAAUGUGGCGACGCCCAUCGCUGCCAGCUUCGGGGACCUCAUCACACUGGCCAUCCUCGCCUUCAUAAGUCAGGGCCUCUACAACUGCCUGGAGCCCCAUCCCUACGUGGCGGCUGUGGUGUGUGUCUUCUUCCUGCUCCUGACGCCACUGUGGAUCGUCAUCUCCUCCAAGCACCCAGCGAGCCGCACGCUGCUGUACUCGGGCUGGGAGCCAGUGAUCACGGCCAUGGUCAUCAGCAGUAUUGGGGGGCUUAUCCUGGACAAAACGGUGUCAGAUCCAAACUUGGCUGGGAUCGUGGUCUACACCCCCGUCAUUAACGGUAUUGGUGGGAAUAUUGUGGCUAUCCAGUCCAGUCGAAUCUCUACCCACCUGCACUUCCACUAUGCCCCCGGUGAGGUGCCGGAGGAGGCGCAGGGCUGUUACUACCCCUGCCGCACCUUUUGUGGCUCAGGUGCCAAUCACCGCUCGGCACAGGUGCUGCUGCUGUUGCUUAUUCCAGGUCAUCUGAUCUUUCUCUACAUUAUUCACCUGAUGAAGAGUGGUCACACCACUCUCACGCCGAUUUUCACAAGUGUUUACUUGGCUGCCGCACUGUUGCAGGUUGUGACCCUGCUGUGCAUCGCAGACUGCAUGGUGCAUUCCAUAUGGAGUAGCGGCAAGGACCCUGACAGCUUCUCCAUACCUUACCUGACAGCCCUAGGAGACCUGCUAGGCACUGCACUAUUGGCACUCAGCUUCCACUUCCUGUGGGUUAUUGGGGACCAAGAUAGCGACGUUGGAGACUGAGAGUAGGAGCUGUCCAAUAUUUUGAGGCCCUACCCAUUGUACUACGGUGCGUGCGGAAGUGCAAUGUUUUGUUAGCUUGAACAUUCCACUGCUCCUCUCAUUAGACCUCUCUGGCAGAAAGCAUUUUCCUUUGUCUCUGCCAAUGAGAAGCUACUUCUGUAAGUCACAUGAUAAUUCAGUUUUGAUGGUAGCUGUGAAACUGCAGGACAACUCGAUCAAGUUGAGUAUCUUGCUUCCAGUGCUAACGGGUAACAGCUUACCGUCAUGGAUCAGGGUUCCCCUGAUUGAAAGCAUUCCAGCAGGUUCUCCACCUCAGUAUAAUCCAUGGAGUCAGUGACAUAUACUUUGAGUCAGCAGCUGAAUCUGAUAGGUCAAUGCCUGGAUUGCCCUUUCAGAACCCCUGUGAUAAUUCUGUAGGGAGUACGCUUUUGUUCCAGAGAAAAUAUGUUACGGCUUUCAUGGGAACCAGCCGGAAGGUGGAUCCCAAAGAUCCUGUCUUACGUUUUCUGUUCUGAACUGCAGGCUGCAGCCUCUGUCUUCAUGGCUUUUUCAUAACAGCACUUUAAAAUUAGCAGUGUGAAGCAUACACCUCCAUUAUUCUCAUUGCUUUCUCCCACUGACCAAACUUUCAGGUGGCAGCAUUGCCACUGCGUCAUUGCUUAUGGUGAUAUCGCAACUCUCUCUGCAUUUUGGGGGCUAACUCGCAUUUCUGAGUGUCAAGAACCCCAAGAAAAUCCAAAUAGAAGGAACAGUGAUCUUUUGGUGUCUGUGCCACAUGUUAUCGAGAUGGUAAUGAAAUGUUAGUCUCAUGACGUUUGUUAGGGAAGGAGAUAUAAUGCCAGUAUAUUUUAUUUUGACUGUUGUCCUUUUCAAAAUCCAUCAGCGCCUUUAAAUAUUAAACAUGUAGAUUUUUUUCAUACGAUGCCAACGGUUUCAUGUGUUUUGUUACUGUUAUGUUAAGCUGGAAUCCAGCUAGUGUCGCUCACGUUAAGCAGAUAUGGAUGAACAGCAGUCUGUCUUUCAGGCCAGUGUGCAUGUUUUGUUCAUACAUGGUGUUAUUUUGCACUAUCCUCACCACUGCUCUGGCCAUCCCUGCCACCCACAUAAAAAAAGUUUGUUUUCAUAUCGGCCUUUCUGAACAUCUUUUACUUUCUGAAAUGGUGCUGAAAUGAAUUUUUAAACAAGAAAUUUCUACAUGAUCAAAUAUUGCCUGUUUUUUUUUUUUUUGUGAGUUGUUUGCAGUUUUUUUAUAUAUUAUAUCCUCUAUUUAAGAUGUUAAAUGUAAAGCAAAAUACCUAAAAUUGGCAGUUUCAUGACCUAGGAGUUCUAGUAGAGUUUUUUUUUUAUUCCAUCCUGUAAGUCACUGUGUCCAAAGGAUCUGUUCAACAUCCAAGGGGGGAAGUAAAUUCCCUUGAGCUCCUACACACCUGCCUUGGUAAUUGCAGUCCAAAAGUUAAUUUUUGAACGUGCCCUGACUGCAGCUUGGUAACUCCAGGCGUUUUAUCUGGGGUCUCUUACACUCACCUGCAGGAGACAACAGUGAUCUAUCCACUGAAACCUGUCAUAAAAGAUCUUGCAUUAAAGUGUUCCAGGGGUAGUCCCAGAUGUGAAAGCCGUGUACCUGAGUGACUCCCUUACUUUAACCUUAAAGCGCAGUACUGUACGGAUACUGUGUGGGGCACCAUGAAUGCAGUGCAUUAUUCAUUCAGAUAUAGGUUUUAGAGAUGUCCUGAUCUGAUCCAGUUAGUAUUUAUAUUUGCCAAUUUCGAAUACUGAUCUGAUAUUUUAAUAAAUAUUUAAAUAUACAUACACA